AUGGGAGGCAAAAAGAUCUCGGAGCGCUCCCUCAAGCGCAAGUCGGGCCCCACCCAUCCAAACUCGCGCAGGGCCACCCAGAUGGCCCGCGUCGCCCACCGCAAGACCAAGCUCGGAUCGGCAAAGACGGAGCGCAACAAGCACCUCUCCGCAAAGGUCGACCGCAUCUCGACCCUCGUAUUCCUCUUGCCCGACACGUCAGAGUACCUCGCCGACCUCGAGUCGGUCCACGACUUUCUCAACACGUUUUUCCUGCCGCGCCACGACGACGAGAUCAACCAGCUCCUCGCAGAGCGCAGGCACGGUCGCCCGCCAUCGAAGCGAGAGGUCGAGCUCAAGGACGUGCGCGACCGCGAGAGGCGAGAGUACCUUGACGGCAUCGAGAUUCCGGAUUUCAUGUCGGCCACCAACGUCCGCCUCCUCCGCGACUGGCAGGGCGACCCGCAGGCGCUGCCCAACUUUACCAUGAUCCGCGUCAGCGGCACGUACCGCGACCAGUGCACCGUCGUCCAGGAGGGCAACCACAAGGAGCUCAUCGUGCAGAGGAGCAAGGGCGAGGCGCAGGGCGCGCUCAAGAACGGCGCACCAGUACAGCAGUCUAGCCCGGUCGAGUCCGACGCCGCCGCCGCCGACGCCGACGCCGACAUGGAGACCGAGCCAACGGCGCCCGCCGCCGAGGGGUCAAGCGCCAGCUUCCAGAAGGUCGGCGAGUUUGCCAACAUGAAGUGA